AUGUCUCGAUACGCAGCAGCCCACGUCAACCCUCAAGGACCCGGGGAUGCCCGGCCAACAGCACUACAGAUCGUCAAAGACGAGGGUUUGAUAGGAAAGCUCACCGACAAGGUCAUACUUAUCACAGGCGGUAACUCGGGUAUUGGUCUCGAAACUGCCAAAGUUCUUCAUGCGACUGGAGCGACCAUCUACAUCACGGCAAGGACUUCGGAGAAACUAGAAAAGGCCAUCGACGAGAUCAAAUCGUGGCCUGAGGCGGAAUCUGCAGCGCCUGUAUAUGGUAUUGAGCUGCAGCUCGACUCUUUCGCAUCUGUACGAGCUGCUGCCAAAGCCUUUCUGGAGAAGGAUGAGAAAUUGAACAUUCUCAUUCUCAAUGCUGGAGUAAUGGCAACUCCAGAAGGACGAACUGAGGAUGGAUUCGAAACGCAGUUCGGAACGAACCAUCUUGGCCAUUUUCUUUUCUUUCAACUACUGAAACCCGCUCUUGUGGCCGCUUCCACCCCAUCUUUCCAGUCACGCGUCGUCUCUCUUUCUUCCAAGGCACAUCGCAUGGGAGGUGUUCGCUUCGAUGACUUUAACUUCGAGAAGGAGCCUUACCAUCCCUGGCUGGCCUACGGGCAAUCCAAGACAGCAAACAUCUACUUCGCAACCGAGCUGGAAAGGCGAUACGGAAGUCAAGGUGUUCAUGGCUUCUCUGUCCAUCCUGGCUCAAUUUUCACGAAUCUGGCUCGUCAUAUUGAUAUGAGUCAGUUCGACUUUAAAGGGGAGUUGGGCCUUUACUUAAAGAACACAGGACAAGGAGCUGCGACGACGGUGUACGCAGCGUUGAGCAAAGACUUGGAGGGUCGAGGUGGCAUCUAUCUAGGAGAUUGCGGUGAGGAACCGCCAGUGAAGCCAGGUGUUGAUGUUGGUGCUACAUCUUCUGCACCAGGGUACGCACCCUGGAUCUAUGAUCAAGAAGCAGAAGCCAGACUAUGGGAGGAGUCUCUUAAGCUUGUAGGGAUUGAGUAG